AUGGUUUGUCCAGCUGUGCAUCUUCGUUGCGAGCUGGCCUCCCCCUAUUCCGUGGGUUUUUCUAGUCGUGCACCGAGCGACAGUGCGCCUGGAUCUUUUGCAGAUGGCGCGAAACGUACGGGCAUUUUCGAUACCGUAGCCCAUCGGUCUUUGGUGGGGCAAGAUGAGGGAUCGGCUGUAUGCAGUCUGCCUAGUUCGUCCCGUCGGUGGAUAAUGUCGGGAAUGCUCUUGACGAUGUGCUCCAUAGCGCGCCGUUCCGUCGCUGGCAGGUUCCGGUGCCGCGCUAGCAGGUGGCUAGUGACUUUAUUUGCGACGCAGGCAUAG